GAAUUGAUUCCAUAGCCACUGAGUUGUGAGUACUGAUACUCCGAUGGCCGGAGCUCGCUCGUCUCUCGCAAUCUUCCUCCGCCACAACCACGGCGGCUUCCGGCGGACCCCUAGCUCUCACGGUCACGUCCAACGCCUCAGCGUCGGUGCCGUCGACGGCGGCGGCGACCGCCGAGACGGGACCCCCUCGCUGUCGGAGAUCGCCGAGAAGGUCUGCAAGAUCACGCGCGCGAGACCCCGGUGGGAGGCGACCCUGGUUUCCGAUUUCCCCUCCUUCGAUUUCUCGGACCCCAGCUUCUUCCGCGAGCUGUUCAGGCAGCAGAGCAACGCCUUCCUUUCCCUGCGCUUCUUCCGCUGGGCCGCCUCGCGCCGCGACGGCGCGCCCGACCCGGGUUCGUGCGAGCUGCUGUUCGAUGCCCUGGUCGCGGCCAAGUCGCCCGGUGCCGCGAGGUCGCUGCUCGAGACCACGGGGUUCUCGCCCGGGGCGGAUUCGCUGGAGCGCUACGUGCACUGCGCUUGCGAGGGCGGGCAGCUCGAGGACGCGAUCGAUGGCUUUUUCAAAUUGGGAGAGUCGGGGGUUUGCCCGUCGAUCGGGACGUGGAAUUCGGUGUUGAAAUGCUGCCUCGAGGCGCGGAGGAGCGAUCUCGCCUUGGAGCUCUAUGAGGAGAUGGUGAAAUUGGGCGUUGCAGGCGAGGCGAAUGCCGAGACCAUUGGGCACCUGAUUCGAGCCUUUUGCGAAGGUGGGAAUCUUUUGAGAGGCUAUGAGUUGCUUUGGCAAGGGAUUGAAAGCGGAUUGAUCCCUCAGUAUGCGACUUUCAUUAGGUUGAUAUCUGGGUUUUCUAGGCAAGGGGAUUAUGCGAAGGUGUCCCAAAUACUCCACUUGAUGAUCGUGAAGGACCGAGCUCCGGAUAUAUUCGUAUAUCAGGAAGUCAUUAAUGGGCUCUGCAAGAAUGGGAGGCAGCUCGAGGCUUAUCGGAUUUUCGGUGAUCUAAAGGAUAGAGGGUACUUUCCGGACAGGGUCAUGUACGCUACAUUGAUUCACGGGUUCUGCAACAUCGGAUGGAUGGGUGAGGCGAGGAAGUUGUGGUUUGAAAUGAUUCGUAAAGGCUUUGUCCCUAAUGAGCGUACUUACACUUCACUGAUUCACGGGUUUUUCAAAAGCGGGAAAGUAGAAGAGGCCAGAAAACUGUUUCAUGAAAUGUGUUGUGAAGGUCACGGAGAGAGCACAUGGGUUUACAACAUGAUGAUUUCUGGGUUAUCUUUGCACGGACGGUUAGAUGAAGCUGUGGGCAUGUUUGAAGAAAUGCCUCAGAAGGGCGUUGCUCGUAAUCGGAUCACCUAUGACACUUUGGUGCAGGGCUUUUGCAGGGAAGGGAAGUUAACCAAUUCAAGAGACCUCUUGGACGAGCUAUCACUACAGGGUGUAGUUCCAUCGAGUUCCUCAUAUGCCACACUUCUUGAAAAGCUCAUUGAGCUGGGAGAAUUGCAAGAAGUGAAGUUGUUAUUGAGUGAUAUGCAAAACAAGGGUGUAGAAUUAUUGGCUGGUACUUGGGAUCAAAUUGUGAAUGGAUUGUGCAAAUGGGGAUUUGUCACUGAGGCGAUGGAGUGCUUGGUUGACAUGCUAAACAGAAAUAUUCAACCUCGUAAGACGACUUUCGAUGUGCUUAUUCAGAGCCUCUUACAAGAUGAUAGGUUAGAUGAUUGUGUACUUGUGUUGGACAAUAUGUUCAGGAUGGGUUAUAUUUUGGAAGAAGGCACGUGCCAUGCUCUGGUUGAUAAAAUUUGUAAACAAGAUAGCAACUCUGGAGAAACAUGUAUGGCAAAGAUUCUUGAAGGGAACUGAGAUUUUAUAAUCAUCACAGUUGAGAAUACUUCAUAGGUUCUACAACUUAUUUGUGAACAAGUUUUGCAGCUGAAGAUUGACAAAUGAGCUCUCUUUUGUUGCUUGGAGGGAGCUGUCAAAUGUACAGAUAAUCUUUGGUAGGUCAUUGCGGCUGACAUGCAGUCUUACGAACAUUGUUAUCUUAAGCUGUUCAUUGUGAAUCCGUCUUUCCGAAUGCUAAGCAGCAAUUUGCCA